CAUGCCCCCGGUAUUCCGUGCCGGUCCCCUUCCCCUUGGCCCACCGGCUCACCAUGAAGGAGGUGUUCGACGCCGAGGGCCGGCCGAGGGUAGACCUGUUAAAAGCGCACCUCACCAAGGAGGGCCGCUUGGAUGAAGCGGUGGCCUUGCGCAUCAUUGAUGAGGGCGCUGCCAUCCUGCGCCAGGAACGCACCAUGUUGGACAUUGAGGCGCCAGUCACAGUGUGUGGAGACAUCCACGGACAGUUCUUUGACCUGAUGAAGUUGUUUGAAGUGGGAGGCUCCCCUGCCAACACGCGCUACCUCUUUCUAGGGGACUAUGUGGACAGAGGCUAUUUCAGUAUUGAGUGUGUGUUAUAUUUGUGGUCACUGAAAAUCCUCUACCCAAAGACGCUCUUUCUUCUACGGGGGAACCAUGAAUGUAGACAUCUGACAGAAUAUUUCACCUUCAAACAAGAAUGUAAGAUCAAGUAUUCGGAGCAGGUGUAUGAUUCCUGCAUGGAGGCGUUUGACUGCCUGCCUCUAGCAGCCCUGAUGAACCAGCAGUUUCUCUGUGUGCAUGGAGGCCUUUCACCAGAGAUCCACACACUAGAUGACAUCAAGAAGUUGGACCGAUUCAAGGAGCCUCCGGCGUUUGGGCCCAUGUGUGACUUGUUGUGGGCAGACCCCCUUGAAGACUUUGGCAAUGAGAAGACCCAAGAGUACUUUGGACACAACACAGUCAGAGGCUGCUCUUAUUUCUACAGUUACCCAGCAGUGUGUGAAUUUCUACAAACCAACAACCUGCUUUCCAUCAUCCGAGCACACGAAGCACAGGAUGCAGGGUACCGCAUGUACAGAAAGAGUCAGACAACGGGUUUCCCGUCACUCAUCACCAUUUUCUCUGCUCCAAACUACCUGGAUGUCUAUAAUAACAAAGCGGCGGUGCUGAAAUAUGAGAACAACGUCAUGAACAUCCGUCAGUUCAAUUGCUCUCCUCACCCAUACUGGCUGCCUAACUUCAUGGAUGUCUUCACCUGGUCGCUACCUUUUGUGGGGGAAAAGGUGACAGAAAUGCUGGUCAAUGUCUUGAGUAUCUGCUCUGAUGAUGAGCUCAUGAACGAUGGCGAUGAGAUCUAUGACGCCAGUGCAGCAGCAGCCAGGAAGGAAGUGAUUAAGAACAAGAUUCGUGCCAUCGGGAAGAUGGCUAAAAUGUUUUCGGUUCUACGGGAGGAGAGCGAGAACGUGUUGACCCUGAAGGGACUGACCCCUACAGGUAUGCUGCCAAGCGGAGUGUUGUCAGGGGGCAAACAGACUCUGCAGAGCGCUACCAUUGAGGCCAUAGAAGCCAUCGAGACAGUUAAGGAUGACGAAGCCAUUCGAGGUUUCUCCCCGCAGCAUCGGAUCAGCAGUUUCGAGGAGGCCAAAGGUCUGGACAGGAUCAACGAGCGAAUGCCGCCGCGGCGUGACGCCGUCAACAGUGUGGGCCUGUCUAUGGGUCGCAUGAAUAUGGGAGAACCCAAUGGGACCGAUAGCAACAGCAAUAUACAGUGAUGGAUGCGCACUGUCAUGCCCAAGACACAGUUUAAUGCAGUUACAACACUGGUACUUAUACCUGUACAUAGACAUACUCUAUAAGCAAAUACAUCACACACAAAUGCAGUAUUUCCAACACUGGCUUCACACACAGACAGGCACAGAGAGGGUCGUGAUUAUCUACCCCUUCUCCUUGCUCUACCUAAAAGGCAUGAGUGUGGCCGGACUUCACAACAAAAGGCCGAUUUAGAUAACUCUGACUCCUACGUUACCCGAAGAAAGAGGAAAUAACCUCACUCCCUGUGCAGAGCAGGAGGAGCUACUAUUCACUGUGCAUGUUGGAGAUCCACAGUGGGUUGACCGUGUCAGCGUCAUGUGGAUGUGGAACGUGUCAUGCUGACAAAGGAGUGGGUAAGGUCAGAGUGUGGCCAUCAGGGACAUAAAUAGAUUCUUUUUCCUGUUUGCAUCCAAAAGCCAGAAGUGAGAUAUGCUUUAACAAUGUCCUCGCCCGUUUUAUUUGAGACAUGUGCUGGAAAAAUGCGACGCGAGGGGUGGCUGUUUCUCCUACAGGGAUGUGCGAAGAUCAUCACAGCUGCAGACUGAUCUGAGCCCUGGUGUUUUAAUAUAGGAGGAGAUCAUGUUUGCUGUCGGAGCACAACACCUCCACCUGAUGAAAGAGUAGAGGCCCAGUCAUCCCCACUGGCCUCAGGCUAACUAGGCCUCAAACUAGGCUUGUCUCUCCUGAGCCUACUUAGAACGUUUGCAUUGCACACCUGAUGCAAGAUGCAGUGUAGCAGAAACAGAAUGCUUUAUUUAUGCGAGUGUGAACGAGCUUGAAAUACGACGUCAUACUAAGUUACACAUCCCUCCUGUUAGAACAAAUCAAUCUCUGGUCUAAGAAGUAGGCAAUUAUAUUUUACAGAGGAAAUGGACUCUUCCGCUGCCAAGACAAGAAGACAUCAGAAGAGCGGUUUCUUUGUGAAGCAUUUAUAUUAACGCAUCGGUGCAUGCAGAGUUAAGUUAAUUGAUAAAAAUGUGAAUUAUAUUUGUGCUCUAUGUGUUUCACUAUAGUAGAAUUUUUUUUCCUGGUUUUCUGGCUGACAUAAAUGAGCGGAGGAAUUAUGAAUUAUUUAUUUUGUACAUAAUGUUAAUUUGCUUUUUUUGUAUUCAUUUUGUUUCCUUCUUGAUUAUUUUCAACGCCUACUUCCUGUUUCUUUCGGCACUGUACAGAACAACAAUACGCUUCGACUGAGAAGUGUCAAGUCCACGUUCAAUACUUCUUUGUCAAUGUACAGGAGGUGCUUUUUAACGACAAAUAUGAGUAAUAACUACAAACUAGUAUCGAAUGACCACCGCUACUGUAUAUCAGAGGCAAAAGACAUUCAGGCAUACGAAAGCAUGAUCGCAUGGUAAAAAAAAAACACAAAAAAAACGCAGUUCAAAGCAAAAAGCAGCAAGACACAUUUUGACCGGAUAAGGCAGUUGUUUUGCUGUCACCAUUUAAAUGAAAAAAAACUAAACGAUUCCUCUUGUUAUUUGAUAUUUAUGGCUCUAUUAUGUUUAUUAUGAACAUUAUUAUUAAUAUUUAAGCUCUCUCUCUGCUAGUUGCUAUUCAUGUUGCGUUGCUCCUUGGUUGAUCUUGUUGUGCUUCUUUGGGAGAGGUGAACCCCCCAUGGCAUAGCGACUGUGUCAUGGUUUUCUCUCUCUCCCCUUCUCUCUUUCUUUCUCUCUCUCUCUCUCUAUUGCAACUCCCCAGUCACUAACACUGUAAGCAUGCCCCAUGGGACAAUCCACUUUUUUUACUCUUGAAUAAAAUAUGCAUGAACCUUUGGUAUCCAUA